GAAGUCAACCAUUUCCUGUUCUUCUCGCGUCAUUGGUUACACUGUACUUUCCCAUCAAGAUGACCACGAUUGUAUGCAGAUAAAACUGCAAGGCGUCCACGUGCUACUUGUACAAGCCACGUGCAAGAUAGGCUGACUAUUAUGGUGAAUUUCAAAAUGAAGUUCAUCUAAUGAUGGAUAUCACAGAACAACUCCCCCAGGAACUGGUAGAAAAAAUAAUAUCCUUCCUUAAUGUGAAGGAUAUUGGAAGAUUUUCCAAAGUCUCUGUUGGUUGGAGAGAGGCUGCAAACAAAGACCCAAUAUGGUUACAUGAGUGUAUGAAAAAUGGAUGGCUCAGAUAUGGAGUCAAGAGUGAGAUCAUUAAAGCAUGUUCUCUCCCACAGAAGGAAACCAACGUCUCCCUUACUUCACCUGUCUUCAGAUUAUUCGUUCCAGAAGACACCAGGUUAUCUCCCCUGUGUAAGUGGAAAGGCAUAUUUUUGCGAGUUCAUCACUUGUCCAUCAACUGGGCUAAAGGACGUUACACGGUUGGGCCAAUUCUCCGAGGUCAUAAACAGAAAGUGUCCGCCCUAGCCAGCAAUGGUACCAGUAUUGUGAGUGGAAGUGACGAUAAAUCACUCAUUAUCUGGGACGUAGCUACCUGUACAGAAGUGAAAACUCUCAACAUGCAUUCAGAUAGCAUCACUGCACUUGUACUGAGGGGGAACACGGCCAUCACCGGCUGUGCAGACAGUGCUAUACGUGUGAUAGAUAUAGUCAGUGGUCAGAUUAUCUUCACGCUGAUGGGCCACGCAGGAAGCGUAGAGCACUUGGGCAUUGUGGGUAAUAGUCACCUGAUCAGUGCUGCUACAGACAAAACUGUACGAGUAUGGUCUCUACCUGACAGACAGCUGAAGUGUGUCUUCCGCGACCACACAGAUGAAAUUGAGUGUAUGUGUUGCCAUGGUAACCUCGUUCUCACCGGGUCCUGGGAUAAAACCAUGUUUUUGUGGGACAUUAUUAAACAGAAACAUAUCUUUAAGCUGGAGGGCCAUGAAGAAGUUGUCAGUUGUUGUCAGUUUGAUGACAACAUUACUGUUAGUGGGAGUGCUGACUGUACUUUGAGAAUUUGGAACACAAAAACGGGGGAGUGCAACCACACAUUAGAAGGACACGAUGGGGAGGUGUACUGCUUGGUAUACAAUAAGGAGCUGAUAGCCUCAGGAUCCCAGGACAGUACCAUCCGACUCUGGUCCCAUACAGGAAAAUGUCUACAUGUGCUAACGGGUCAUUUGGGUGUGGUCAGAUGUCUCCAUAUUAAUAGCCAGCGACUGGUCAGUGGAGGUGACCAGAAAAAGAUUGGCAUCUGGGACUAUAGGACUGGACAAUUAUUGAAUAUGGUACAUCGUAACCCAACACGCCUUCACCUGAUGUGGGUCAGUGAAACCAAACUGGUUGCCGCCUCUCCUGAACAACCAGGCACAAUCACUGUGAUGAGCUACUGGUGAUCAACACUGUAAAUCAGUUCAAGUCAUUUGAAGAAUUCUUAAGCAAUUCAUUACAUUUUCAUCCUGGGUAGAUUGUUUUUCUCUUUUACUAACUUAAAGGUUAAAUUACAAAAACAACUUGUUCAAUAAAAUGAGUUUGAAAGUUCAGAAGUGAAUAAAAGUUGAAUAAAAGAUAAAUAAUGGAUUCUAAGAUGACUAAUUUUUCAUGCGAAAUAAGAAGAGAAAUGUUACUUUGUUAUAAAAUUGUAUAGAUAGCUACAUGUAUGGCAAAUUAAUGUUCAGUGAUGUUAGGUAAAUAGCAUUAAUUUGUAUCCUUUUUAGAACAAAGUGUAUACAGCAUAUUUAAAAUGGAGAUACAUACAGAGAUAUAUUAUCACUUAUAUCUAUGUAUAUAUAUAUAUAUAAAUGUGUUUAUGUUUGAAUACCAAAUGAAAUAAGGUAAAUGUAGAUUUCCAAAAACUCAAUUAAAAAAUUCAGGCCCUGUUUUAUUCUGUUAGUUGGCAAUCUUACAGCGGUAAAUCUUGAAAAUGAAAUUUGUUUUUCCAGAGUUAUCAAAAUGUCAAAAUUGUGUGAAGUUAAUAUAAUUUUGGAUAUUUUGUGAAAGAAUCUCAGGGUUUGAAAUGAUAUUGAUUUUCAAAAUUGGACUUCGUAUUCAUUAUGAAUCUGUGCAAACCAACAACCUGUCAGUAUUAUACCCCUACAUGUCGAAGAUGGUCAUCAAGAAGUUUGAACUCACGGCUUUAUUGUAUCAAGAAUAAAAUAUAUUAUCAUUAUAUAAUUGACUGUUAACGGCCUCAAAGUGAAUUGAUAUCAACAAAAAUAUUCAGCAUAUUUUAAGUACCUGUUUACAUGCCAUGGUAGAAAAACAGAAUUUAGAUUUCUACAUCUGAGUUCGGUCAAACUAUUUCUGGUAAAGGUUUAGUAUUGUUCCAAUCAGGUUGAGGCAAUAGAUUCUAAUGUUGUUGUCUCUUGAACUAAAAAGGGUGUCUUAAUUUCCUUCUUGAUGUCAGCUUUAAUGGGUGGUUCGUAAUUUUUUUUAGGAAAAAUUGUAAUGUUUCAAAAAAGUGUAAGAAAUAUUGAAAGAAGGUGAAAGAUUUGUAAUCGAUAGCGUUGGAUGCUAUACAUGAAUGUUAUGCCAAAAUACCUUUGUGAUUUUUUUAUAUUUUCAUAAAAUAAAUCAUAAUUUUAUAUAAAUUGCCAUUUCUUUCUUUUGUUUAUGAAGAAAAAAAUCUAUUUUACAUGUUUUAAAUUGUUGACGACAAAAUUGAUUUGUUGAGCAACAGCUAACGCACAAGGUAUGAAAGUACUCAUGUUGCUGGCUAUUAUUUUAAUCACUUGAUAAUAAUAGGAGACCAUUAAAACAAUACUGUUACAAUAGAACUGUAAUGGUCAGAUUGUCAAGGAACUCCAAGACCCUUUAUAUUAAUAAAGCAUGUUGCUAAUUGUAGUUUUUUUUUUUUUUU